GCUUCCCUGAAAUUUCUAUCAUCUAGUGCCUUUCUACACCAGACUUUUUAAUUCUAAUCCUGUACACUCGCUUCUUGACGACGCCCCUGUACCUCUAUUCCCCCCCUAUUCUCCGCCUUACUACCCUUAAACCACAAUCAUGAAGAUCACCGCCUUCUCCGCCGUGCUCGCCUCCGCGCUGGCCAUGGUUCCCGCCGCCUUCGCCGAGAGCACCUGCGACCAGUUCUCGCCGUGCUACCGCGAGGGCUACUGCAAUGUCAACGCCGCCUUCUGCCUGUACGGCCUCUGCGUCCCCUCCAAGUCGUACAACUCGACCUCGUGCUGGCCGGCCGAGGGCUGCGCCUCGCAGACCGUGAACUUUGACAAGUCCAACGACAUCAUCAGCAUCUACAAGUACUCGGGCGAUGCCUCGCAGAACGCCUUCCUGUCGAUCUUCGACCCGGACAACACCGCGAUCAACAACGGCAACCUGGAGCUCUCGAUGAAGUACAAUGCUGCGCAGAAGGCCGGCUUCGGUGCUACCGCUGAUGCCUCGCACACGAUCAAGUACGGCAAGGUCACGGCGCGCGUCAAGACCGCAUCGAUCGCCAAGGGUGUUGUGUCGUCGUUUAUUAUUCGCGACGACAACACCGGCGACGAGAUCGACUUUGAGUGGGUCGGUCUGUCGCCCAACCAGGUCCAGACCAACUACUAUGCGAACAACGUCAUUGACUACACCAAGAUGGUCCCGUACGAUCUGGGCGUCGACACCUCGGCCGCCUACCACGACUACGAGAUCAACUGGACCGCCGACAGCAUUGUCUGGUCGGUCGACGGCAAGCCCAUCCGCACUCUGAAGAAGGCCGAUACCUAUAACGCCGCCACGAACACCUACUCCUUCCCGUCGUCCGAGGCUCGCAUUGCCUUCUCGAUCUGGGACGGUGGAUCUGGCGCCCAGGGCACUGCUGACUGGGCCGGCCACCCGACCCCGUGGAACGCUGACACUGUCUACAAGAUGUACGUCGACUCGGCUGAGGAGUCGUCCGCUGUCGCUUCGUCGUCGGAGCUGAACUCGAAGUCUGCUGCUGAGUCGUCUGCUGCUGAUGCCAGCACUGGUGCUGCCACUGCUACCGGUGCUCCGGCCACCGACGCCGCCACUGCCACUGGCGCUCCGGGCCACUGACUCCCCGGCUGGCUCUGCCGUCAGCCCCAUCUACUCGUCCACCUCGUCGGUCAAGAAGUGCAUCCACCACUAAUUGACCUAAAGAUCCACGUUGAUUAGCUUUUUUUUUUUU